AUGCUGCUCAUGUACGAUAGGUGGCGGUAUCCACCUAAAGGUUACUUGAAAUCCGCCAUUUUAGAAAAGAGGAAGAAGAAGAAGAACGCGGAAACGAACAAUCCAAAGGAGGUUUUGGGCUGUUUGACUUCACUGAAAGAAAGUCGAGUGUGUUUGCGUGGCUUAAAAAAUCGAAAGUAGGCCUAACAACUGGUUGGGACCAAAACGCCUGAGAGCAUGGAUGAGGAAAUGUUCGAGGACACUUUGCCUCUCCGGCAGGACCUGACGUGUCCUGUAUGUCAGGCGAUCUUCAGGGACCCCGUCCUGCUGCCGUGUUCCCACAGCUUCUGUCGGGAAUGUCAACAGAAAAGCUGGGAGUUCAACAACAGGACGUGUCCCGUCUGCAGGGUUCCCUACCAGGAGGGCAGCGCUAUCAGUAACCGAGCCCUCAACGACGCCUGCGAGAGCUUCCUCAAGCAGAACAAUCUGCGGCCCGUUCAGGUCCAACCCAGCGAGGAGCUCUGCAACCUGCACCUGAAGCCGCUGGGGCUGUACUGUGAGAAGGACGAGGAGCCGGUCUGCGUGGAUUGUGCCUCCCAGCACAUCGGACAUAGGCUGUGGUCCCUGAAAGAAGGCACAUCCAUGUGCAAGGCGGAGCUUGGCUUCAAAGUUCAGAUUUUUGAAAAGAAAGUGGAAUUGCACAAAAAAAUGAACAAGAAGUUUAGCAAUGCAGUGGAGUAUAUCAAGCAUCAGGCUUCGGAAGCAGAAAAAUUGAUCAAGGCAGAAUUUGAGCGACUCCACAUGGUUCUUCACCAGGAAGAGGCCAAACGACUGGAAGCUCUGUCCAAUGAUGAGACGCAAAAGAUCGAAACCAUGCAGAGAAUUAUUAAGGAGACAGAGAAGGAAAUUAAAGAAUUAAGGACCCUCAUUGACACCAUAAAGAAAGAGAUGGGAAAUGAGGAUUUGGCCCUCCUGAAGAAUUUCCAGAAUGUGAAAAGACAAGCCCAGUGGGUUGAACCUGAUCCAGCCUUUCUUUAUGAUUCCCUUAUAAACAUGGGCAAUCAUGUUGGCUCGCUGGGCUUCAACAUAUGGAAGGACAUGAAGGAUCAUAUCAAAUAUUACCCAGUGGUGCUCGACCCGAACACGGCCUCCCCGUGGCUGUCACUGAGCCCUGAUCUCACCACCAUGAAGGAGAGCUCAGAGCGGAUGACCGUCCCUGACAACCGAGAGCGCUUUGAUCCCAUCGUCUUCGUCAUGGCGACUGAAGGAUACAAAACCGGUAAACACAAAUGGGACGUCAUUGUCGGUGACAACCCCAAGUGGAUCCUGGGAGUGUGCAAAGAGGUUUUGACCCGGAAAAAGAAGUUCACGGUCUCUUCAAGUCGUGGCGUGUGGGCCCUGGGGCUGAGUAAAGGGGUGUAUACUGUCCUCACUGAUGAACGUAAAGAGGUAAUGGUGCCGCAGGGUCCUGAAAAGAUACGCAUCAAGCUAAAUAUGGACAAAGGGGAGGUGUCGUUCUGGGAUGCGGGGAGAGAGAAGCACUUGGUCACUCUUACACACAAGUUUGAAGGGAGAAUAUUCCCAAUUUUUGGCCCUGGCCUUCAUGCUACUCCUAUGGUUCUGGCUCCUGGAAAAAUAGCUGUACACACAUCAUAAGCGACCUCCUCCCCACAGUAUUACAGAAAGAUUCAAGUUAAUAAAAUUUUGGAUGAAUUUAACUUAGAAAAAGAAAAAAAAAAGCUUUUAAUGCAAAGUUAGGUCUGUACACCUAACUGCUAAAAGAAUCUGAAUUGGAAUAAACAAAAAUAUUAGUUUGCUAUUGCUGCCAAAAGUGUUUGACUGUCAAGACAUCUUCAAGUGUCUGACAGUCCAAGUGUCUUUACAUCUAAAUGCUACAUCAACUAGAUUUUGAUGACGAUUAAUAUUAAGAUUUUCUUUUAGAACUUAUUUGUGCAUAAAGUAAAACUCGCUGUUUAGGGUUCAUGUUGAGAA